CAUAGUUAAGAUCUGCACCCUUUCUGGGUUACCCAUCGUGGUAGGGAAUCAACUCUCCAGACAACGACGACCGUGAGGGGCAGGUAUAUGUAUCACGUCGCUUCAGUCGCUUCUCGAUGUUCAGACAAGUUUACAGCUACUAAACAGCAAUCAUGGGUCGUUUAGAUGGUAAAGUCGCUAUUGUUACAGGCGCCGCUUCUGGCUUUGGUCAAGGCAUCGCUGAGCACUUCGCUGAAGAGGGCGCCAAGGUCCUCAUCUGCGACAUCAACGAAGCAGCAGGCCAAAAAGUAGCUGCGACGUCUGAAUCCUUCGAGUUUCAGACCAUGAACGUCACCAAAGCAGCGGAUUGGCAGAGCGCAGUUGAUAAAGCCGUUCAGCUUUGGGGACAUCUUGACAUUCUGGUCAAUAAUGCCGGUACAAGCUAUGAGAACAAGAGCACCAACCUAGUCACUGAAGAAGAAUUCGACAAGGUAAUGAGCGUCAACGUCAAGAGCGUCUUCCUCGGCAGCAACGCCUUCACAACCCAGGUCAAAAAGCAAGGCUCAAAAGGCUCAAUGAUCAACAUCGCCUCUGUAGGCGCUCAUCGACCUCGCCCAGGCUUGGUAUGGUACAACGCAUCCAAAGGAGCAAUCACAAACGCGACCAUGGGUCUUGCAGCGGAAUAUGGUCCGGAUGGAAUACGCGUCAAUUCCAUUUGUCCCUUGGCGACUAUGACUGGUCUUCUUCCAACGUUUAUUGGGAAAGAGAUCACGCCAGAGGUUCAGAAGGCGCUGGGGAAUGUUCCGCUUGGAAGGAUGGGGGAGAUCAGGGAUGUUACUAAAGCAGCGGUGUUUUUGGCGAGUGAGGAGGCUUCGUUUAUCACUGGUGUUAAUCUGGAUGUUGAUGGAGGGAGGGCAAUCUAGUCACCUUACUCGUUAACUGAGAGAACGGUGCAGUGAAUUGUCCGGCACAUCCCGCGCUGAACGAGACAAGAGACACUUAAGACCCCAGGAGCCCCCUAUGCAGCUUGUCGAUCAAGUUGCCAGGGUCUGAUUCCUUUGGAUGCUGGUGAACAUGUGAAUGCCCGGCAUUAGUGCUGUAACCCCAGCGCUCGUCACAUUUGCCGCGUAUGGCUCCAAAAAUUGGGCGGGGGCAAGCUGCUGAUGAACUGAUUGACGUGGUUCUGCUGAUCCUCAAUGUGGUGAGAUUAAGCACUGACAUUUUCGGUUUGACGAUGCGGCGCUGGGAAUUCCGCGGGAGAGGAAAGGGUUGCUCGAUUGUGCCUUGGCAUGAGAGCAUCAUGUGAAGUUGCCGUUGCGCCUGGCUCGUCUGUCGCGUUUCAAUUUAUGCAUUCACUCAAUUACAAUCAUGAAAAUCAC